AUGCUUAUCGAUUCUGGAAGUAAAAGUAAUCUGAUUACUGAUAAAUCGUGGGUUUAUUUAAAGCAAAAUAAAGUUAAAAUAUUUAACCAAGUUAGGAACCCAGAUAAAGUAUUUUUAGCAUAUGGUAGUAAAACACCAUUAAAUAUAAUAGGUUCAUUUGAAGCAGAAAUACAAGUUGGUCAAAAUAUAAAAGUAGACACAUUUUAUGUUAUAAAAGGGGGAACAAAAAAUCUAAUUGGGAAAAAUACAGCAACCGCGUUGGGUAUUUUAAAAAUUGGUUUUCACAUUAAUGUAAUAGAGUCUUUUCCAAAAUUUAAAAAUGUAAUUGUUGACAUUCCCAUUGACGAGUCCGUAACCCCAGUAGUCCAGCCUUAUCGUCGAAUACCAGUCCCGUUGGAAGCCAAAGUAGAAGCUAAGCUUUUAGAACUAAUAGAGUCUGAUAUUAUAGAAGCAGUAAAUGAACCAUCGAAGUGGGUUUCCCCCAUCGUGCCAGUGCUAAAAGAAAACGGCGAAAUAAGAAUCUGCAUUGACAUGAGGAGAGCCAACAAGGCCAUUAUGAGGGAAAAUCACCCAUUGCCCACUAUGGAUGUACUCCUACCAAAUUUUAAGAAUGCUAAAGUGUUCUCCAGGUUGGAUAUUCGAAAUGCAUUUCAUCAGCUAGAACUAUCGGAAAAUUGUAGAUACAUUACAACCUUUAUAACCAGCAAGGGUUUAUACCGUUACAAACGUUUGAUGUUUGGUAUAACAUGUGCUCCUGAAAUAUUUCAAAAAACUUUGGAACGAAUUCUUGCAAAAUGUGAGGGCACAAAGAAUUUUGUGGACGAUAUCGUUAUUUUUGGACAAAAUGACGAGGAGCAUGAUAAACGGUUAAAGAAGACAUUGGAAACCCUAAAAAAUAAUAAUGUUCUCCUUAAUGACCAGAAAUGUCAAUAUAGAUUAAAAAAAGUAAAUUUCCUUGGUCAUACACUAACUGCAGAAGGAGUUACACCUUUGGAGUCGUAUAUUGCAGGAAUAUUAUCAUUUCGGAAGCCAAACACCAUUGAAGAAACCCAAAGUUUCCUGGGAUUAAUAAAUUAUGUCGGGAAAUGGAUCCCUAAUUUGGCUACGCUGACAGAGCCGUUUAGAAUGUUUUUAAGACUAAAAUUAUCCAAACAUGCGAGCAUUCAAAAAUAUUGGUCGAAAGAACAAGAAUGCUCAUUUAAUAAAUUAAAAGAAUGUUUAGCCAAUAUAAGGACAUUAGGAUACUACAAUCCAAAUGAAAAAACACAAGUAAUGGCUGACGCUAGUCCAGUUGGACUAGGAGCGGUGCUGAUACAGAUAAAUGAUCAAGGACCACGUGUUAUUGCCUUUGGCAACAAAAGUUUGACCGAAUGUGAGAGAAGGUACUGUCAAACGGAGAAGGAGGCACUCGCUUUAGUUUGGGCUGUAGAGCAUUUUAAGGUGUAUUUAUACGGGAAGGAUUCAUUUGAAUUAAUCACGGACCAUAAGCCUUUAGAAGCAAUUUUUCACCCUAAGUCAAAACCAUGUGCAAGAAUUGAAAGAUGGGUACUUAGGUUGCAAUCAUUUAAUUUUAAAGUGAUAUAUAAACCUGGAAAAAGUAAUAUUGCAGACCCUCUCUCUAGACUUUGUAUACAACAAAGAUCAACACAUGAAUUCGAUGAAGAGCAAGUACAACAAAUUAUCGAAUAUGCUCGACCAGUGGCAGUUCCAUUGGAAGAGAUUAGAUCACAUUCCAAAAGGGAUAGCGAAAUCCGUAAGGUAUGGGAGGGUUUGAACACAAAUAACUGGGAUGAUAGCGUCAGACAAUACAAGCUUUUAGACACUGAACUGUGUUUUCAAGAUAAUAUUUUACUUAGGGGUACGAGAAUCGUAAUUCCUAGAGAUCUACGAAGGUUAGUACUAGAAGCUGCUCAUGAGGGCCAUCCGGGCAUAGUAGCCAUGAAGAAUCGAAUACGCGCAAAAGUUUGGUGGCCACAUAUAGACAAAGACGUGGAAAAAGUAAUUAAGUCUUGUAAAGGUUGUACCUUGGUUUCGACACCCUUGUUACCAAAUCCACUUAAAAGAAGAGAGCUUCCACAAGAUGCUUGGAUUGAUGUGGCAAUUGAUUACAUGGGUCCGCUACCAAGUGGCGAGUAUUUAUUUGUUAUCGUAGAUUACUAUAGUAGAUACAAGGAAAUUAAAAUCACACGGGACAUAUCAACUAGCUUCACUGUAAAAUCAUUGCAAGAAAUAUUUUCUCGGUUAGGAAAUCCAGUAUCUAUUACCUCAGAUAACGGGAGGCAAUUUACAAGUGCUGAAUUUAAAGGAUUUUGUAAAGAAAGAUGCAUUAAUUUGUACAAUAGUAUUCCUUAUUGGCCCCAACAAAAUGGGGAAGUUGAGAGGCAAAACCGUGAUAUUUUAAAACGUUUGAAAAUUAGUCAAGCACUAAAAAAAGAUUGGAAGGUAGAACUUAUGAACUAUUUAACGAUGUAUAACAGCACACCGCACACUGUUACAGGAAAAUCACCAUCAGAAUUAUUUUUCAAAAGGACUUUUCGAGACAAAAUCCCAAAUAUCAAAGAUACUGAAUAUUCUAUAAUAAACGAGGACGUUAGAGAUAGGGAUCAGAUGGAAAAAGAGAAAGGAAGAGAUUAUGCUAAUAGAAAACGAAGAGCAAAGGAAACUGAGUUAGAAGGAGGUACUAAAGUUUAUGUUAAGAAUCUUGUAAAAGAAAGUAAAGUAACACCUCCAUUUAGUUCAGUACCUCACACAGUGUUAGAUAAAAGAGGAGGGGAUGUCAGGCUAAGGAACGAUAAUACUGGAGAAGAAGUAAGACGUAAUAUUUUACAUUUAAAGAAAGUGGAAGGACAAUGGCAAUCUAUAAAUAAUGACGCGAAUGAUAAUGUUUCCAUAGCUGCGUAA